AUGGAUGAAAUGUACAAAAUGAUGUACGACUCGUUGUCCGUGAAGCAAAAAUUAGUACGUGUCAUAAAAGAGAACGCUCUGAAAAAAUUCAAAGAAAUUAUUGAAAGUUCUGAUUUGACAAAUUCAGUGUUGGAUAGUCAGUCCGAAGAAACCACGCUGCAUAUGUGCAUUCGUCAAAAAAAUUUAGAAAUGAUCAAAUUCUUGUUAAAGAAGGGAGCUGAUCCAACUCAAAAAAACCUUUUCAAUGCAUCAUCCCUUGACAUAUGUAUUGAUGUAGGAGACGCUGAUUGUAUGAUCGCACUUUUAGAAUAUUGCCCCAUCAGUUUACAUGGUUACUGGAAAAAUUUCAAAACAGAAAAUGAAGAAAUUAUUAAGGUGAUGAUAGUCGGUACCCAAUCAUUGAAUGCUGGUAAUCUGGAUAUAACUUAUUUUAAAAGAAACGAAUCUCCACAGUCAACUGAUUUGAAAAAAUUGGUUUAUCUUACAAACAGUACCAUCUCAUUGCCACCCCAUUUUCUGAGUUCUCCAGACUUUAACGCUUGGCACCACACCAUAGUUUGUGAAGUUCCAACUCUUAGGCAUUGUUCGAGAAUUUUUAUAAGAAAAUCAUUUCGAUAUAACACCUAUUACAGUUCACAAAGACUCGUACAGCUGCCGUCAGAAAUACGAAAGUAUCUGAUCGGUUUCAGUGAUUGUUUAUAUUAA